CGCUAAAGCUUCCGUGUUGUGGACUUUCUGGUUUUCUCUUUUCAGUUUGCUUUGAAGCAAUUCUGAAGCAGUCCUCUUUAAUCUCUGGAAAAUUUUGGAGGAUCUGUUAAAGAGUUUUUCGUCGAAAUUGCUCUUCUGAAGGUAUUUCUCCCAAUUUGAUCUCCUAUUAUCUCUGCAUUUUGAACUUCGAUAAUGGCUUGAAAUCUCCUUUCUCCGAUCAAGUUAAUGAAGGUUUUAAGUGAAUUUCUUUUGCUUUCUUCCUUAUUUCUGGAAAGAUUGUUUCUAGCUAGCCUAUACUGUAAAGCAGAUAGUUUGAUGAAUCUGACUAUCUGAGUGUUUGCUGAGAUUUCUCUUUUCUCUACUCAUGAUGGUAAAGUUUUGUUCCUCAUUUUUCGGUCCAAACCCUAGAUAGGGGGGAUGACCUAGAUUUACUUUUGAUCUCCGUAUGUCCCGAGUUUCUCUCUUUCUAGCAUGCACGCUGGGUCGUCUUCUUUCUCUGUUUAGGCGGAUUUUGGCUAUGAAUCGACUUGUGGAUUCUUGAGGUGAGUGUGCAUUUCAGAACUCUUAACUUUCCCUGAAAAAUCAGCUGUGUGUAUUUCGUGAUUUCGAGGGUUCUGUUGAAAUUCAACUUCCUUGGAUUCCCUUCUGCUUGCCAUCGAUGGAGAAGACCAGUAAGAGUCCUCCUGUGUCCAUUGUCAUCUCGUUGUUCUUCUUCUCUUUCUUAUUUCGUGUGGGUUUUGCCGACAAUUCAUCGUAUGUUCCCGCUGACAAAAUCCUCUUGAGCUGUGGUGCAUCCUCUGAUAGUGUGGAUACGGAUGGUCUGAGAUGGACCUCUGACAUCGGUUCCAAGUUUGUGGCCGCUGGUGGUAACCCAUUAGCAUCCCCAGCUUCCAAUCAAGAUCCCUCUGUUCCUGAAGUCCCUUACAUGACUGCAAGUAUCUUUCACUCUGAAUUCACUUACAGCUUCCCUGUUGCCUCCGGCCGGAAAUUUGUCCGGCUCUAUUUUUACCCAGAUUCUUAUUCUGGCCUCAAUGCCUCCAAUGCUCUCUUUACUGUCACAUGUGGGCAAUAUACUCUACUCAAAAACUUCAGUGCUUCCCAGACCACUCAGGCUCUGAACUACGCCUUCAUCGUUAAAGAAUUCUCUGUUAAUGAAGAUGGUGAAAGAUUGAACCUUACCUUCACGCCAUCAAAGGCUUCCAAUGCAUAUGCCUUCGUGAAUGGGAUUGAGAUUGUGUCAAUGCCUGACAUAUAUAGUACUGCGAAUGAAGAUUUGUUUAUCGUUGGUGAAGGUGCUGCAUUCCCCAUUGAUAACAGUACUGCACUUGAGAAUGUUUUUCGGCUAAAUGUUGGUGGAAAUGAUAUUUCACCGUCAGGCGAUACUGGCAUGUUGAGGUCUUGGUCCGAUGAUUCGCCAUAUAUCUUUGGUGCAUCGAUUGGUGUGACUGAUUCUGCAAACUCCACAUCCGAAAUUCAAUACCAGGAAGGCAUGCCUAGUUAUGUUGCACCUGUGGAUGUGUAUGCGACUGCUAGGUCAAUGGGUCCAGUUCCAAGCGUCAAUUUGAAUUACAAUCUGACAUGGAUUCUCCCAGUUGACUCGGGGUUUUUCUAUCUUGUGAGGCUUCAUUUCUGUGAGUUCGAGCACACCAAGAUUAAUCAGAGGGUGUUUGACAUCUUCCUCAAUAAUCAGACUGCACAGGGAGCGGCAGACGUGAUUGCUUGGACUCAAGUGAGCGAUGUUCCUGUGUAUAAGGAUUAUGUGGUGGUCGUUCCAAAGGGGGAAGGCCAGCAGGAUAUGUGGCUUGCACUGCAUCCUAAUACAGCAUCACAGCCCAAUUUUUAUGAUGCACUCUUAAAUGGGUUGGAGGUUUUUAAGGUGAAUGAUUCCACUGGAAACCUUGCUGGGCCUAAUCCAAUUCCCCCACCGGUGCAGAAAGUGAUAAAUCCAGGUUUGGCUACAUCUUCUAGUUCAGGUGGGUCAAAGAAUCAAGCUGCAGUCAUUGCUGGAAGUGUUAUAGGUGGUAUCGCUGUUGUCUGUCUCCUUUGUUUUGUUGUGUUUGCUGUAUCCCGACGCAAGAGGCAAAGGAAGGAGUCCAGUUCCAGUGAUGGACCAUCUGGCUGGCUUCCUCUUUCGCUCUACGGAAAUUCACACUCUGCAGGAUCUGCCAAGACAAACACUACAGGAAGCUAUGCUUCUUCCCUUCCUUCAAACCUUUGUCGCCACUUCUCAUUUGCUGAAAUCAAUGCUGCUACCAAAAAUUUUGAUGAGGUACUACUCCUCGGCGUAGGUGGUUUCGGCAAGGUCUACAAGGGUGAAAUUGAUGGUGGAACAACUAAGGUUGCAAUCAAGCGUGGGAACCCGCUCUCCGAGCAGGGUGUACAUGAAUUCCAGACAGAAAUUGAGAUGCUUUCAAAGCUACGACACCGCCACCUGGUCUCAUUGAUUGGUUACUGUGAAGAGAAUUGUGAAAUGAUCCUUGUUUAUGAUUACAUGGCCCAUGGGACACUCCGGGAGCACCUCUACAAGACCCAAAAGCCACCACUUCCAUGGAAGCAAAGGCUUGAAAUCUGCAUUGGAGCUGCAAGGGGAUUGCACUACCUCCACACCGGUGCCAAACACACUAUCAUCCACCGAGAUGUCAAGACAACGAAUAUCCUCUUGGAUGAGAAGUGGGUAGCAAAGGUUUCAGAUUUUGGGUUGUCAAAGACAGGCCCAACAUUGGAUCACACGCAUGUUAGCACUGUUGUAAAGGGUAGCUUUGGAUAUUUGGAUCCGGAGUAUUUCCGGCGGCAGCAGCUCACAGAGAAAUCGGAUGUAUACUCAUUCGGGGUGGUACUAUUUGAGAUCCUGUGUGCACGGCCGGCAUUGAAUCCAACACUGCCAAAGGAGCAAGUAAGCUUGGCUGAAUGGGCCUUGCAUUGCCAGAAGAAAGGGAUCCUUGACCAGAUCCUCGAUCCAUAUCUGAAGGGAAAGAUUGCGCCAGAGUGCUUCAGGAAGUUUGCGGAGACAGCAGAGAAGUGUGUGGCAGAUCAGGGGAUCGACCGGCCAUCAAUGGGUGAUGUGCUGUGGAACCUUGAAUUUGCAUUACAGCUGCAGGAGAGCGCAGAGGAGAGUGGCGUGCUUCAGAGUGAUAUCGACACAGAAGAGACACCAUUCAAGAAAAGCAGUGGGGGAAAGGACCCAGAUGGGUAUGAGAGGAACAUAACGGAUUCAAGUAGCAGUGGGAUGACAAUGAGCAUUGGAGGCCGAAGCCUUGGGAGUGAAGACUCGGAUGGUUUGACACCCAGUGCAGUGUUCUCACAAAUAAUGAACCCUAAAGGACGUUGAGGGCUCUGCCGGAAGCUGCCCAAAUCUAAACAAAUAGCAUCUUGGUUAACUAAGUCAUGUCUUUUGAAUUUUUUUCACCCCCGUUCAUUAACGGUAGCAAAAAUCAUUCCUGUUGUUUACGAAAUAUUUAUGGUAUUGGCGUUUUGUAAUUUAUAUAUACAUAUAUUAUAUUGUAAACUCUGAAGAAGCUUGUUAGUGUGUUAAUUUGAUAUUUGGAAUUAGUAUUGAAUAUUAUUAUUGCUCAUUCAAAAGCCA